CACACAGUAAUGCACUGUAUACUGAAGAGAUCAUGUGUACUGUAGGUCAAUUAUCAGGAUUAUUAUCAAUAAAUCGAAUUUCUUGCAAAUCUAUAUAUGGAAAGCUGGUAGAUACUGUACACACUGGGUUCAUCUCAAUGUCCCCCCUCGACUCCUCUGUCCUCCAUCACUUGACCCGGUAAUCGUUCAAGACGCGCCAUGUUGAAGGACGUCCCAAUUCCUUAAAUGCACUCAAAGGGUUCGAGUACAGAGGAGGCUUCCAGAGGGAAGCAAGAAAACACGAGUGCAGCCUAUAAGAGAAGUGUUAUCGAUACACGCAUAUAAAGCUCCGCCCCCGGCUGCACAGCUGUCUGGAUACUACAGCUGCUCUGGACUGUAAAAGAAUGAUCAAAGUCAUAAAAUGUUUAAUGUGCUCAAAUUUUAUAGCUAAUAAGAAAUCACUUUAGAGAAUGGGGAGAUCCUACUCUAUAAACAAAACGUGUAUCAUUCUUCCAUGGUAUAAAUUGAACUAAAAUGAAAAGACAAGAGCUUAGCGACAGUUUUAUUACAUACAAUAGAAUAAAAUGCCAGGAAGAGUCGCGAGUAAGGGAAACGAGGAGGCAAAUUAAGUUAAUGGGAUGAACCAUCUGUUAUCAGGCAAACGCUGCCUUUCUUUAAGGUACACUUUGACAUUUUGGCCAAUAGCUUGUUUGCUGUCUUACUGGGAGUUAGUUGAAAAGAACAAUAUAAACUUCAUGUAUGAGUAUUCAGUUGUAUAAAAUGUUCCAGGACUGGUUUUAACGUAGUUCGGGACACACACUGCUAACAGGGAAACUAGCUAGCUUCCACCAAAACAUAUGAAAUACACCUUCAAUUAAGUUGCCUCUCACACAUGGGGAUGACUCCGAUGCUCCCCAGCUCUACAUCACAUAAUGGGAACCUGAACAAGACGUUUCCCAGUUCUGUAUUCUACAGUAAUUUGAACCAACGUGGGCACAAAGAUAUAACAGAUAUUAUUAUUUGGUUGUUUGUAUGUUUGGGCAUUUUCAAGAAACAAAGAACGGAGUUGAACAUAGAACCCUGUGAAAAUGAUGCCCUGACAACAUCAAACCAACUGAACACUUUUACUUACCCUCGUAUUGUGUUAGAAAGGGGCACUUAGCUUUUGCAUUCACAGGGCAAAUUUGAACAUUUAUUUAAUUAAUUACAAAACAUUACAAAAAAACAACUAUUCUUUCCCAGUAUAGUGUUUUACCUCGUACCUUACCUGUUAUCCAUUUAUAACCAGAAAAAAUUGGCAUGUAUUCUGAGUGCUUUUGUAGUUCAAACCAAACCCUGACAAGAGUUUGAGUAAAAGUUUAUCCACAGAAAAAAGUCAUACUCUUUAAUAUUGUCUGCCAGGUCAGACUUGACACUAGAGGGCUGCAUUGGGAUCCAGCACAAGUCUUGCAGGAACGGGCGGUUUUAACUUUAAAAGAAGAUUAAAGCAGCUGCACAGUCCUGCUCUGAGAUAUAGAAAUAAUGCAACUUUAAUUACCCACCAAAUGUACCGAUAAAAUUAGAUCGACCAUCUCUUUCUGAAUCCGUCCAAACAUCUGAUGAAGAUGUUCUACCUGACAGAUGUGUUUUUUGUGGAUGCAGCAUUAACACAUCUUCUUUUCACUGUACUGCUUUCAGUUGACAUUUAAUUUAAUACCAUUUGCUUUAGAAGAUCUUGUUUGUCGGAGUAGUGGAGUAGAAAUAAACUUCCUAAAUAUUCAUGCUGGGUGCAGCAAAAUACAUUUUGCUGUUGUUUAUUUAGGAAAUUGUAGUUUUUCUGGAAAAGCUUUGCAUUCCGAAGGGUAUUUGAAAUGAAAAGUGUCUGAGGACAUUGUUCAUUUGCUCACACAAAAAGCACUUUCAGUGUUCUGUCUGUCACUUUAAGGGGGGGCAUUUCAGACGAAUUGCUCAGCCCCCCGUGUCUUGCUCAGACAGCUCGUGUGUGUGUGUGUGUGUGUGUGUGUGUGUGUGUGUGGUGUGUGUGUGUGUGUGUGUGAAAGAGAUCAGGGGGUAUGAGCUGAGGAUAAAAGCGAGCUUCAUGGAGCCAGAAGUGUCCAGUUAUUAGCAUGCUGGUCUGGUCACUGUGGCCCUGCUGCCUUUCUGCUUUACACAGUCAGACUGCAGGCCUGGUGUUGGCUGACACCAGUCAGAAUCCUAAAGGUGAAGGUAAAGAUGACAAUUUAACUGCAGAAAAUCACGGGAAACACCUGCAUUUAUAAGGAUUUGCUUGGCAACAAUGAGAAGGAAAAGAGUUUUAUAAAUCUUCAGCUUUGGAAACAUACUUGGCAGAUUUCCUUGCAUCUUUCCCAACGUGGCCGUAUCCUGGCUACUGCUGUGGCUUGCUAACCAUCAAACGAAACAAGUCUUUCUUGGAAACAAAAGAAGCACUUGAAACUUCCACAUCCCUCAGUCCUCAGCAUUCCUGACCAGAGCAGAAGGAUCCUUGUCCUCCCAAUAGCAACAUCAGAGAAGGCUUCACAGGAGCACAGAAAACACAGCUUUUCCUCCAAGAUGCUGAACCUCAACUCCCCGGACGACAACAGCAACAGGAACUCUCUGAAGGACCCGGUAUCAUUGAACGUCGGUGGAGAGAUUUACACUACUACCCUGGACACUCUGACACGCUGUCGUGACUCCAUGCUAGGUGCUAUGUUCACCGGACAGAUCCCUGUGUUGAGAGAUAACGGAGGAAAUGUUUUCAUCGACCGUGAUGGUAAAGUUUUCCGGUACAUUCUGAAUUACCUGCGCUCCAGCUCCCUGGACCUGCCGUAUGGCUUUUCAGAGUUGGCACUGCUGCGGAGAGAGGUGGAUUUCUUUCAGAUACGCCCCCUGCUGGAGGAGAUAUGCCGCUAUGAGGCAUCAGUGCCUCUCAGCCUUAGAGGAGGGCCGCUAGGAGCCAUGAUUAUGGUGAAUGUUGAGUCCAAGGUCCGUGUUCUUCACUUUAACUUACGCCAUGGGCCGGAAAACUAUGAGCUUCGCACAUGCUCUGUGCGAACCUUCACAGUUGACCUUUUUUGUACCUGGAGAUCCUUCCUGGCCCUUCUUUGUGAGCGCUUCUUCUACAGAACAUCCCAGGGUCUCACUAGCCCCCAUCCAUGCAACCCGCGGCAGAACCGACUGAAACUGGAGUGGGUGCCCAGGCCUGACGAACUCCCACAGGAUCAGUACAACAAGCAGAGCUACCAGGGGCUAACUGUAUGUAACUCUGAGGUCACGCAGUUAGAUGACAUCAUGAACAUGCACCGGAACCUGUGUGAAAUCACAGACAUGCAGGGGUUUGUGGAGGAGUUGCUGAAGGUGUCUUUGGCUGAAGGCUUCAAGGUCGACCUGGUGACUCCUGACCCAGUGGAAAUUCUUAACUGCACCUCUCUUCGUCUUGUCAAGUGCUGAGCUCUGGGCGAAGAACAUGAACUAAAAGCCCCAGAACAUGCCGAGUGGAUGAAAUAGUUUGUUCUCUCCAGUUGGAGUUAAUGUGGAGAUCAAAAGGAUACUGAAAUGUUGUUAUAGAAUUUUCCAUAUUAAGCUGUGUUAAACUUACAAAUGCUGACACAUCAUAGUGUGGACAUUUAGAUGUAACAUUUAGAUGUAAGACUUUUUCCAGACAUGGACUCUCAAACAUUGCAGGCUUCAUCUAUCUGUUAAAGGGAUUGCCUUUGGGCUUCCAAACAUAGGUGUCUAUUGUGUAAAUGUUCUGUGCUGACUGUUGUAAGGACUGUAAUACACUGCAGUGGCAGUGCUACUGGAGAACAGCAGUGAUUUGGGAUGUUUUCAGGUCUCACAGGCUGCAUGUGUGCGAUGGGUUUUGAAACUUGCUCUGCAGUUUAAUUAAUGUUUAUCAGCAUAGCUUACAGUAAGUACUGCCAUUGGCAGCUCUGGGGUAGAGUUAGCUUCCCACACAACCCUGUACAUCCACCAAUGAAAUCUUUCAUGAGUUUCUUCAUUUACUAAUGAUCUAUGUAGAAUUCUGUUCCCUGUGGUCCAGUCUGAGAUCACUGAAGCAAAGUUAAAUGAACAACUGAUUUUGGAAAAUGUUCGUAUUCCCUGUUUUUGCGGAAAAAGGCAAGACCUUCAUGAGAGGCUCGAUACCACUCCUGUGUCUGUGCCCUGUGAACCUUUCCUGUAAAAGAAAGUUAGGUUUACAUUCAGGGGUGAAUUCACAAAAGGAUGUUUUGCGGCCGCUAAGGGUUAGGGUUAGGGUUAGGGUUAGCCCUAACCCUAACCCUGCACAAAUAAUACAAAAGAAACAGUGUAAUUCUCAAAGCACCUCACAGGGUGACAUGCUGUUGCCUAGCAAUUAGCUGCAGUCUGCAGAUGAGUGUUUUAAAAACACCACCAGCGCGGACAGGCUGGCAUAUUAAAACCCAAAUGUGGUUCCUCUCUGUCACGUUUAAUUUCCUAACCUGAAGUUUUGAGGAAUGCCUCUGCACCUCGUCAGCCCGGACGUGUAGCUCCCGGUCCGAAAAUGUCAUUGUUUCUCUCUGCCACUGUUCUGCCUACGGUGUUCUUGAUGCAAAGACAAACUUUAUAUUUUACCACACGGAUAAUUGCACAUGUAUAACUUUAUGGCCGUGUUUGCGCUGUAAUAUCUUUAGCGCAAAUUAUUUUGUCAAAUGGACUUUGAGACGGGACAGAUGGGUUGCGAGUGUGCAAUUCAGCAGCCACAAUACAUUCUUUGUGUGUUUCUCACCUGAGGCAUAACAAACGUGUUGUGUGCAUUUUCUACCUCCUGAAAACAUUUGGAAGCAGACGUGGCGUCACAUGCUGGAACUAUUUUUCUCUAGACUCAAUCACUUCCUGGACUCUCGUCGUCACCUUAAGGUUGACACUUUUUUCACUGUGACAAGCCGAUUGCCCAGAGAUUUGAAGUUUGAACUUGAGCCAGGCUAGCUGUUUCCAGUCCUUAUGCUAAGCUAAGCUAAUUAGCUUCUGACUCGAGCUCCAGUUAUUGCUCAGACAUACGAGUGUCAUCUGACUCUAUAUAAGCAAAUAAGCGUGUUUUCCAAAGAUGGGUAACUAUCCUUUUAAACUCAAUGUAUAGUUGCAAGAGAACGGCCUUGUGUCCACACGUGGUGUCUCCGACGCCGCCACAGCCCCGAUGUGUAGUUACAUUUUUGAGGUGGUGUUGUGGGCGUAGCGGUCACAUGCUUAGGCUCAGUAGCUAUGCUGUAACCCUUUUUACACCUACAAAUUAGGCCUUAACACAAAUCAAAGUUAGAUUUUUGUCUGUCAUUCAGUUCCUAUUUUACUGACCGUUUUGAUUUGGAAAGUAAAGUUUUUGCUGGGUUUUCUCCAUAAAUGACAUGUAAAUGGAAGUUAGUUAGUUAGACUUUGCUGGUGAUUAUUGUGAUUUCUUUCUCUUCUGCCAACUACUAAAAACAAAUCUGAACCUACUCUUUGAAAUGUGCUCAUUCCUCGUGGGAAGGAUCUCCUCUGUCUCGUUUACCCUUUGAAUGACUUAGUCAGAUGAGUUAUGGACGUACUGUGUAAUUGUAGUCUGGUGCUUCUUGACCAUAGACUCUCUAAAAUAGGCCUCAACUAAAGAGGAAAGGUGUCUAGUAGCGAAAACAAACCCAUUGGUUCUUUCCUUUUGCUCCCCCUUUGAACUUCCUUCCUCGGACUUUAAGAAAUGCAUGAAUGUCUCUGCAGCCCCUCUGGAUGGACAGUCUGGUUUUAUAAUGGUUGUUCACAUUCUGCACAAGGGACAUCAGUUUGCUCACAUACAGCUAUAAUGCUUAGCUCUCACAUUUAAGGAAUUGUUUCAGAUGUAUUUUUGGUUUAAUGUUCUCAUUGUGUGUGUGUGUGUGUGUUGUAUGUUUGUUUAAU